UUUGUCCGCUCGAUCGGACGGUUCCCGAAGCGAGCCAGGCACCCCGGCCCCUCCGUACCCGGCUGUCUCCUCUCGCCGCAUCAAUUUGAGGAGAGGGAUCGAUGGCGGCCGCGGCGCCGGUGUACCGGCGGGUGCUCAGGGCGGUGCAGAAGCACGUCGGCGGGGGCGCCUCCAAGAAGCACUUCCGCGACUUCGUCGCCGCCGAGUUCCGCGCCCCCGCCGGCACGGAGGCCGACGUCAGGGCGAGGCUGCGGCUCGCCGGGGAUUACGCCUACCUCCUCGCCAGCGUCCACCACCACAAGGACCUGCUAUUCUCAUAUAAUAUAGCUGUGGACCGAUCCGAUGAAAUGAAGAAGAUAUUGAACAAAUCUGCUGCCAGUGUAGGCCUUCAGCUUCCAGAUGUCUACCAGCCAUGAGAGCUUCUUUUUCUGCACGUUUAUGGGACCCAUGGUACUGCCAUUUAGCUAUGUAACUUUGUUCUGAGUCCUACAUUCGAGUUGUUUUGGAAAAUUUAGCUUGCUUAUUGUGCACCUUUCCCAAUAAUGAGCAAUGGCAUUGGUUUGUUGAUGAUGUUUUGUUCCAUGCUGUAUGAAUUCCUUAUAUGAGAAUCAAUCGCUUCCCUGCUGUAACUUGCAUAGCA